AAAUGCAAAUAACAUCCAAACUCUCCUCUUCCCAAACCACCAUCUUCACCGAGAUGUCUGCCUUGGCGACGCAACAUCAAGCGCUAAAUCUUGGUCAGGGUUUCCCAGAUUAUGAUCCACCUUCUGCUUUGUUGGAUUUGGUCAAAGAUACUAUUGAUGACCACAAACAUCAGUACGCACCUAUGGCAGGUGAUGAAGUCAUCAUCUUCGAACCAGCGUAUGAUAGCUAUCGUCCAUCGAUCGAGUUGGCAGGUGGGAAGGUUGUGGUUUAUGCCAUGGAAGCACCCGAUUUUAAGAUCAAUUGGUCUUUAGUGGCAGCGAUGAUCAGCCCAAAAACCAAGAUGAUCAUCAUCAAUACGCCACACAAUCCUACAGGAACGAUAUUGAAAGCGGAUGAUUUGCUACAUUUAGCGCGCAUCGUUAGAGAUACCGAUAUCAUCAUCUUGAGCGAUGAAGUCUAUGAACAUUUAGUGUACGAUCGUCAGCCGCAUGAAAGUGUACUGAAAUAUCCUGAAUUGUAUCAACGA